AUGCCCGUCUUGCCCGAGCGGCUCGAGGCGAUUGCUCGAUCGCUCCGGAGCUGCGGGGGCGCGCGCGAUGUGGCCGAGGGCAAGCGGAUCCACGCCGCCAUCGUCGACGAUGGCCUCGCGCGCAAUCGCUACCUCGCCAAUCACCUCGUCGGGAUGUACGCCAAGUGCGGGAGCCUGGAUCUCGCGCAGCGCGUCUUCGACUCGAUCGAGCAGCCGGACGUCUUCUCCUGGAACGUCCUCAUCACCGCCGUCGCGCGGCUGCACAGCGACGGCAUCCGCGCCGCCGCCCACCUCUUCUUCGGCGACAGGAUGACGAACAGGAACGUUGUGUCGUGGAAUUCCAUGCUCACCGCAAAUGCCCAAACUGGGCAAAUCUACCCCACGCUGGAGUUCUUCCACCGGAUGCCGCAGUGGGACGUGGUCUCCUGGAACACCAUCGUCGUCACUUUCUCCGAGGCUGAUCUAGUCGACGAAUCCAAGCGGAUGUUCGAUCGAAUGCCCGCGCGCGACGAGGUGAGCUGGAACGGGAUGCUCCAGUGCUAUGCCCGGAUAGGGCAUCUGGAGAUGGCAGCGCGGGUAUUUGCCGUGAUGCCGCACGUAAGCGUCAUCGCGUCCACCGCCAUGGCGCACGCCUAUGCAUCGCAGGGCGAUUUGGAUCGCGCCCAAGCCGUGUUCCACGACAUGCCCGACAAGAGCGUGGUGUCAUGGACGAUGAUGAUCCACGCGCUGGCCGUCCGGGGCGAGCUCUACCGCGCUCUCGCCCUCUUCCACGACAUGCCGCACAGGAACAUCGUCUCCUGGGCGACCAUGGUCCAGGCGAUGGUGGACAGCGGCUACACCACCCAGGCUCUGGCGUGCUUCGCGCGGAUGCCGCAGCUCAAUGUGGUGGCGUGCACCGCGGUGAUCGCCGCUCACGCCCAGCACGGCGACAUCCACAGCGCCAAGCAGCUCUUCGAUUCCCUGCCCGAGAGGGAUGGCGUGGCGGUAGUCACCAUGCUCGCCUCCUUCUCCCUCCAUGGCUAUGUCGACCAGGCAAAGGAGAUGUUCGAUGGCAUGGCGAAGAGAAACAUCAUUGCCUGGACUGCCAUGCUCGCCGCCAGCUCCCGCCGCGGCGAUCCGCGCCAGGCCGAGCUCGUCUUUCAUGUCAUGCCGCAGUGGAACAUGAUCUCCUGGAACGCGCUCGUCGCCGCCUUCGCGCACAACGGCCAUCUCGACGCCGCCAAGGCCAUGUUUGACAAGCUCCCCGAUCGAAACCUCAUGUCGUGGAACGCCAUGAUCGCCGCCUACUCGCAGUAUGGACGCUGCCGCGACGCGCUGCUCUUCUUCCGCUGCAUGAACUGCGACGGCGGCGGCCAGCCCAACGCCAUCACCUUCAGCAGCGUCUUGACGGCGUGCAGCCAUGCCGGGCUCCUCCGCGAGAGCUGGCGGCACUUCACGUCCAUGGUGGGCGACUUUGGGAUCCAGCCGGUGAGGGAGCACUACUGCUGCAUCGUGGACGUGCUCGGGCGAUCCGGGGAGCUCAGCGAUGCCGAGGACUUGAUCCAUAACAUGCCGUUUCUCCCCACCGACAUCACCUGGAGGACGUUCCUCAGCGCGUGCCGGACUCACCGCCAGGCCAGCGACGUCAAGGUGGCGGCCGAGAACAUCGUGGAGAUCGAUCCCAGCAACGACGCCGCCUAUCUCACGCUCGCAAACAGCUAUGCCGCUGGUGCUACCGCUACCACUUCCACGGAAGAACCCGAAGAACAAGACGAGGAAACCAACUUAGAUACUCGAUUGAAACCAAAGAAGAAUACAGACAACACGAUUCAUCUCCAUGGCUAG